AACAUGCUCACUACUGCGUUGGAAGUGAGGAUCGCUGAAGUCCUAGGCUCCGAUGUCCGCGAUGCAAGACUUACAGCGAAAGAUGAGCUGACUGUGGCUUAUGACCUUACGCUCGCGGAUGGCCGCGUUGUGACACUUCGCAUACCGAGUUUUGGUAGCACGGGUUCUCUUGUCGAGUCGGAGGUGGCGACCGCUCGGUACCUUUCGUGUCGGACCACGAUCCCUAUCCCCGCCGUCCUCGCCUUUCAGCAUCUCUCCAAUGAUGAUUCGACCCCUUGCUUCGCGGUGUUCCAAAAGCCAUCAGGUACAAGCCUAGACGUGCUCUUUCCUAAGUUAUCUAUCCAUGAACAGGACCAGAUCGUCGCUACUAUCGCUCGAUGGAUGCUCGACCUCUUCCACCAUCGGUUCGACAGAAUCGGAAGCUUGACAGACGAGUCCGGCAGUAUAGGUCCGAUAUCUUCCAAACUCUUCUACGAGGAAGGCCGCUCCAAAUUCUCCCUUGACCGCGGUCCGUUCACCACUGCCAGGGCGUAUUAUCUGGCCUGUGCACAGCGAGAACUCGAUGCAUGUCGGAUGCUGUUCGCGCAAGACGCUCCGCCGUCCUAUCAACGCGAUCUCGAAGACUCCCGGAUGACGGUAGAGCGGAUAGCCGGCAUGCUCUGCGACCUGACCAAUCGGUGUCACGGGCUCGACGACGACGAUCCGGAAAUGGCACCUUUCUCGCUCGACAUCCACGAAAUCGCUCUCAAGGACAUCUUCGUUUCCCCAGGAAACCCUACUAAUAUUGUUGCCGUCACUGGUUGGCAAUGCAUCGCUACACGACCACUAUGGUGUUGUGCACGGCUACCGUCGUGGCUAUCGCCGUCGCUCUCUGUCCACAACCAGCAUGCAAGGCUAGCAGGCAUCUUCAAAGCUGAAGUCGCCCGUCUCGAAGGACUCGACUCGAUCUUCCUCCGUGCGUUGGACUUGGACGACGCCCGAUCAACCCUCGACGACCUGUCCAAUUACGACGCGUUCCGAGACGGCUUCCUUCUUCUCCCUGCCUUGGAGAACAUCCUCGCCACCCUGCCAGGUCAUGAGGAUUUCGCGGGCUUGAACGCGCUCCUGGAUCCCUCCACGCUGCCGGGGCGGGUCGCACGCAUCAAUCUCCUCACCCGCGGGUCCAAUGCGCUGUACCUCGCGAUGACGCCCCCGCGGAGUCCGCUGAUGGGUGCCGUGCACGACGACGGCACGGAAAAGGGAAUGCCCCCCGACAGCGCCGUGCUCGUUACGUAGCGGCUCGCUCGCCAGAAGCGGGGCAGGCGCGCACGUCUGCAGCAUGUGUACUUAUACGGCUCUCGAGGUGCCAGGCUUCGCGUUCGCGCGUCGCUGGAUUUGAAAUCCC